AAGGUGGAGCUUGUCUUUCUUUCUCUGGUUCAGGUGUAGAUUGCGGCCAAAUGCUGCCUGUCUGGAGAUUAGGAGUAGUAUGUGGGGGAAGAUCUCUUGCGAAAGUGGCUCCCUGAUUGAAGCCUCUUCAGUGUUGCCUCUGGAGAAGUUACAUGCAAAGUCUAAUUCCUUUUUUUUGUAACUCGCUUUGAGGCUUGGAGCUAUGAGAAUUAACCAGAAUACUGUACUGCAGGGAAAGAGGGUGACCCUGGUGCCAUAUACCUCUGCUCAUGUACCCAAGUACCAUGAGUGGAUGAAGUCUGAAGAGCUGCAGCGUCUGACUGCAUCAGAGCCAUUAAGCCUGGAACAGGAAUAUGAGAUGCAGCGCAGUUGGCGGGAAGAUGCAGACAAAUGCACAUUCAUAGUGCUUGACACAGAUAAGUGGUCUAAGCAGACAACCACGGAGGAAGACUGCAUGGUGGGCGAUGUGAACUUGUUCCUCACAGACAGUGAAGAUCCAACACUCGGAGAGAUCGAAAUCAUGAUUGCAGAGGCCAGCUAUCGUGGCAGAGGAUUUGGCAAGGAAGCCACUCUGAUCAUGAUGUCCUAUGAGCCUUCAAUCACCUAUAAUAGUAGAAACAUAGGAAGCUGCCUUAUACCGAGAAUGACUCGCCUGGGACUAAACACCUUUGAAGCUAAAAUUGGAUUGGAAAAUGAAGCCAGUAUUGGCAUGUUCAAAAAGAUUCAUUUCAAGGAGGUGGGAGUCAAUGUCGUCUUCCACGAAGUAACACUCAGACUGAUUGUGGAUGAGCAAGAAAGGCAGUGGCUGCUUGAGCAAACCAGCCACGUGGAUGAACAAUUUUACAAUGUAACGAAGCUACAGAAUCGAGUUUGUGACAGCUAAUGAGGCUUAGCUCUCUUUAUAUGGACUCCAGAAGCAUGGGAUCUCUGCCUCCAAACUGCAUCAUGGCCUGGAUCUAUCGUGUUAGGGACCAACCGCUGGAGUAGAAAAUGCUGCAGGCUCUGUACUGGGUCAGCAGUCAACUUGACUUGCUGUUGCCCAUCAUAC